AUGAGCGCAGUGCGUAGCCAGUUCAACCCUCGACAACCAGUUCCGGAGGGCGAGGAACAGCUCAAUCGAGACAGACAAGCGUCGGGCCCUUCGUCAACCGCAAGAGACGCUGCUCUCAAGCCCAAGCAAGUCAGCUUCGCGCAAUCGGGACCGUCGCAACCAGCCGUGGCUCGUAGUCCGGUCGAGGACCCUCGACUCCGCCCUGCAACUGCUGUGACCAGUUCUCAACACGAUCCUGCAGCGUCUUGGUCACCAGCGCAUGAAGAUGGUCAGUGGUCGCCACAAGAUUCCGGCUACUUCACCACGGAGACAGCCUCGAACGGCGGUCGCUCUCCUGUGCCUCCGUCACCUGCCGUCCGAUCCCCGCUGCACGGAGGAACCGCCAGUCGAGGCCCCAAAGUCCAUCAGUCACGGGUGCAACGACGUCUGAUUUGGAACGGUUGGUUCGAGUUCGACGUUGGGCACAACCAUAUCGAGACGGAGGGCGCGCUGUUUGCCCCUGAGCGGCUCUCGGCUGAUCGCGUCCAGGCACUGGGUCUGACGAGCUCUGGCAGCACUGUCUGCUUCAACCAUUACAUGCCAUUUGCUCAUCUUCGCGAUGUUCUCGCUGGGCAAUCCAUGAAAGCUGAUGACGUCUUGCUGCUCCAUGCACAUGGUCUCGGAGCGCCUCAAGCCCGAUCCUCGGUGGAUCAGCUUUCCGAACAGCUGAAGGCCCUCGACGUCGCGCUGUUUGCCUGUGCGGACGAAGCCGCCGUCAUGGGCGAAGCUUCCGGGCUCAAAGAUUACCUCGUCGCAUUUUCGAGCAAGUACACGGCCGACCACAUCAAGGGAGUGCCCCCUUCGCUCGCGGACGCUAUUGGGCAACCAUACACAAUUUGUGUGGUCCCACUGCAGCUGGACCACCACCCAGCUCCAUCAUCCCAGAUCUCCUUCGAUCCGCUUCCGCGCCUCGAUUCGAAUGUCGAUAGCGUACUUGACGCCGCCAUCGGCAAGAACUUCGGUGAUGAUUUCCACGUCACUAGUCACGACGUUCGCAAGAUCAGGUUGGCGGCACAACGCUAUGGAGUCACGAAGAAGGUCUACAAGGACAUGCGCAGCAAGUACAAUGUGAUCUUUCAGGGCGUCAAUCCUCUUGCUUACGAGAGGAUCAUGAUCUACUCCAUGGCGCGCAUCUUCGAAGGCGGCGCCCGCCUCGGUUUGGACCCGGAGAAGGACGCCAAACUCUGGAAAGACACCCAGCGUGGUACCAACAUCUUCGUGCGCCGAGCCGCGUUCCAGCAGAUGCUUUCCAGCGAUCAGACCACCGACGACCCGCGGGUACCCUCGCUAGCUCCUGUCUUGCGCCGCAUGAAGCGUCAUCCGCUCUGCAAUUUCUUCUUGUUUGGAUUCUCGUCUGUCGAUCCGGAUGAGCGUAUCUGCGAAUUCUUCCCAGGUCGCUCCGGCUUGGUCACAUUCACCUUCACGACCAUCUUGGCCGACCUUCUACGAUCCAGCAUGGCAAGUCCGGAGCAGGAUCCGCUGGACAAGGAAGAAGGGCAACUCACGCAGACCGACAAGACGCCGCCGGACUCGAUUCUCUGCAAUGCAGCUUUCCAUCUAGCAGACCACUGGAAAGUCCGAAUCCACCCGUGGGUCCGAACCUGUUUCAAGCUUCUUGCCGAUCAUCUCGAGCCCGUGUGCCGAGCUCUAGAUCUGAUCGGCGAGGAUCAGGAGUUUCCGAUCGAGCUCAUGCUCGAAUUGGAUGCGAAGCUCGAGACGCUCUACACAUCUGCGCUAUGCGAGGAGUGGUCGGUCGACGACAUCAGUGGCCUGCCGUUUGACGAGCCGACCGAGGUACCCGACGAGCCUGCAGAGCUGGUGAAGCGCGUUGAUGAUGAGGUGCUCGCCACCCUGCGCAAGGCUCAGAUGGCAAGUUCGCGCGAUACGCGUUUCCACGUGCUGGUUUCGCAGGGAGAGGAGAUGUCGGAGAAGCAACUGGCAGGGAUCGAGAAGAUCUCUUUGAACGAAUUCGGCGCAGACAAGUGUCGGGAGCUGGCAAGGCUGCCAGGCAACUGA